GUUUCGUCCAACCAAAAUAAAAGAGAAUUGUUUUUAUAUCAGAACUACUGUUUGUUUUUAAAGUAUUUUAGCUAUAUAUACGCUCGAAAAUGAACAAUUUGGACAGUUCAUUGCAAGCGCACAAUAAAUUGGAGAAGGAAGCCACCAAUUUAGCUCUGCUGAAAGAUCGAGUGGAUAAAUAUCAUGAUCUGUCCACGCAAAUGUCCAAUAUUCUAACAAUCUUCGAGAAGCGCCUGGGAAACCUAGAGCAGACCAUAUUGCCCGUGUACCAGGAGACGGAGCAGCUCCAGAAACGGCAGCAAAAUCUGGAAGCUACUCUCAAUUGCCUGGAAAGUGUCCUGUCCCACUACGAUGUCUCCCAAGAGGUCUGCCAGUUGAUUCACCAGGGCCCGGUGGAGGGAAACAUCUCCGUUUUCCUGGACGCACUAGCCAAACUGCGCGAUGCCAACGAUUACUUUCGGCACAACAAUUCCCAGAGCGUGGAGCUGGAGAAUGUCACCAGUUUGUUCAACACCGGCUGCGAAGGUCUGAGUCAGCACUACAGCAUGCUCCUCAAGAAGCACAGCGCUCCGCUGAAGCCGGUGGAGCUGCUGGAUCUUAUCUACAUAGAGGACGAUUCCAGCGAUGAGUACACCUCAUUCCGGCAGCUCUCGCAAACGACGCGCGAGGAGCUGUACACCAUCUCGCACUGGCUGGAGCAAAAUUUAAGGGAGUACACCAAUAUCUACGCGACGGAACGUGGCGAAGUGGUCCUCCGAUCGCUGCAGCUGCUAAAGGAUCACCAGAAGAGCAACAGUUGGGGUCACGAGGCUCUGAGACCUCGACACAGUGGACGCCAAACGGAGCCAAAAAAGACAACCUCCGCUCGUCUUCAGCAAAUAUUCGAAAAGAAGGCAAACAAGUUAUAUUUGCGGGCGACACAGACGAUUGAGCAGUCCACAGGGUUCUCCAUUAAGAAGGCAUCCUCGCACAGCGAUCACCUGACCUCCGAGGAUUUGGUGGAUGGCGAUCAGGAACUGGACAAGUACCUGGUCAUGCUGCUGGGACUCCAGCGGCUACUUAACUGGGAGCGAGCCAUCAUGAUCGACAUUAUUCCCCAGUCGAAACACAACGAGGUAUUCGCCACCUUGGCCUAUAAUGCCAUCGAUCUGGUGGUCAAGGACGCUGAGGCCAUAACCCAACGCAUCCUGCGCUGCAUCUCCCGCAAGGAGUGGACCUCGGCGUUGGGAAUAUUCUCCGCCCUGAAGCGGGUUAUACUGCUGCAGCCGGAUAUUGACCGCACAUACGAUCCUGCGCAAAGGGAACAGCUGAAAAAAGUACUGAAAAAGUUGCAGCAUACCGGUGCCAAGGCAUUGGAGCAUUUCCUGGACGUAGUCAAGGGCGAAUCGAGCACCAACAUUGUGGGCCAAAGCAAUGUUCCAAAGGAUGCCACCGUGCACGAGCUGACCUCCAAUACGAUCUGGUUUAUUGAGCAUUUGUACGAUCAUUUCGAUGUGAUUGGCUCCAUUUUGGCACAGGAUGUCCUGUACUCCACGCAAUUGGACACCAUUCUGAUGAAGAAGGCGCUGCCGGUUGAGGAACGCAAUAAGGCGCUCUUGGCAAUAUACAUAAAGAAAGCUUUGGCCGAACUGAAUCUUUCCAUCAUGAACAAGUGCGAGCAGUACAAUGACCAGGCCACCAAGCACCUCUUCCGCCUAAAUAACAUUCACUAUAUCCUCAAGUCGCUGCAACGCUCCAAUCUUAUUGAUUUGGUCACCCUGGCUGAGCCUGAGUGCGAGCAUAGCUACAUGGAGAUGAUACGUGAACUAAAGGCUAGCUAUCAAAAAACCUGGUCCAAGAUGCUGGUGGGCAUCUAUUCCUUGGAUGAACUGCCCAAACCAGUGGCCGGCAAGGUCAAGGAUAAGGAUCGCAGUGUGCUCAAGGAGAGAUUUUCUAACUUCAAUAAGGACUUUGAGGAGGCAUGCAAAAUCCAGCGGGGCAUCUCCAUACCCGAUGUGAUCCUGCGCGAAGGCAUCAAACGUGAUAAUGUGGAGCACAUACUGCCCAUCUACAAUAGAUUCUACGAAAUUUACUCUGGAGUGCAUUUUAGUAAGAAUCCCGACAAAUACGUCAAGUACAGACAGCACGAGAUCAACGCUAUGCUGAGCAAGCUCUUUGAUGAUUCGGCUUAGAUGUAAAAUGCAGGCCAGGCCUUAAGUGCAUUCCUUGUAAGUUCGUUGGGGGCUUUAAUUCAAACUCAAUAAAUAUCGUUUUAAAAAAGUA